AUGCUGCUGCUGCUGCUGGGCAUGUUCUGGACUCUUUGUCUAGUUCUGUCCCCCUUCAGCGGUGUUUUAUCCGCGCCAUCAACCGCGCGAUGCUUCCCGUCCAGCUUCCUCUUUGGUGCUACGCUUGACAAGUAUAACGUCUCCAGCCACGGAUCCAGUACCCAGUUCACCAACGAGUUUGGCUGCUUCCCUCUUGACGUCACGAAGGACGAUUUGAUCCAGAGAUUUAGCCAAGAAGGGCACCUCAUGAGUGACUUGGGGCUCUCGUCCGUGCAAUUUUCCAUCUCAUGGACGCGGGUUAUGCGCUGGAAUGCAGCAACUGGACGAAUGGAGCGGAACCCUCAAGGACUUGCACUCUAUCGGGUGCUACUUGACGACCUUCGAGCUCGAGGACUCGAGCCGAUCGUCACGCUCUACGAGUCGACGCUUCCUUCAGCAUUGCAGACAAGUCUAGCGGAGCCAAGUGGCUGGCUUAAUCCAGCUAUUGUGGCACACUUUGGAGACUUUGCACAGCUCGUGUUUGAAGAGUUUGGACGGCACGUCAAGUACUGGGCGACAUUCAACGAGCCAUGGACGUUAAUCAAGAAUGGAGACUACAGCUACGAGAACUUGUCCAAUGGGGUCAACUCGUCAUUAACGGAUGCGAACGAGGUGGUGGUUCACCACGUGCUGCUGGCACAUGCAAGAGCGGUGGCGAGUUUCCGUGACCUGAAGCGAGGAAACUCGAGUGGUGUUGCAGCUGGUGCUCGCAUUGGCAUGAUACUGAAUGCCGAACGGGGUUACCCAGUCGAUGAGCCUACGAUCCCAUUCAGUCUCGAUUGGUUCUUGACGCCAUUGGUGACUGGAGACUACUCGAAGAGUAUGCGUAGACGUGCAGGUGAUCGACAAUUGCCACGGUUUAGUUCGGAAGAAGCGGCACUAGUUAAGGGAUCCUACGAUGUGAUGAUGUUCAAUGGGUUCAACUUGCAACGAGGACGUGCUGGUGAGCAAGAAAUUGACGAUACGCGAGCGAGCAGUGGUGCAAGUCUAUCUUCUACAACCAGCACAAAGUUUUUGGACCUAGAUGGUCACCUUGAUGACUACUUCAAUACCAUCAAGUGGCUGCAUGAGAAGGAUCCGUUGAUGGAGAUUUUGCUGACUGACAACGGAUCGUGUGCAAGUGGCGAGUCCAGUACAUUGGAUCAAUUGCAUUUGUUCCAAUCUCUAGUGGAACGGGUGUACAAAGCUACCGUGGAAGACGAUAUCCCUAUCAUUGGGUUCCCUGCAUGGUCAUUUGCAGCUAUCAACGAUCGGGACGCUUGCAAACUCCACUCCACUUCUUUGUCGACAAAGGGACUUCAUCACGUUCCAUGUCCAGCAGCAAGAUGGUUCGCGCAUCUUUUCACGACCAAGUGCCUGGAUGGAUGGGAGAACGAAACCAUGGCGAUGGAUUUCUCCAUUGAAGAGAAAGAAGCAUCGGACGGGAAUGUGCAAGACUUGGAGAGCGAUGGCAAAGAUGUGGUUGUCCCGUUAUCGCUGGGGGAAGUGGCGGUUUUGAUUGUGAUUGGGGUGGUCGUUUUGGUUGUCAUCAGCUGCGAAGUAAUGCGUGAACUUCACUUGAGCAGUCAAGGACUUCCCGAGGAGCUGCAGGUUCUCAUUACAAUCGAAGAUUGA